UGGAGGUUUUUUCCUGUCAGCGACACAUGUAGAACAAGCAGCUAACGGGACCCAGAGAGCAGACCGGAGGACAGUCAAUCAUAGCCUAUGUGCCAGCCUCGUUAUUUCUUUUCCCUUUCUUUUGCCAAAACACGCACUUCUCGGUCUGAGGACAUCACGGCACGCGUAGACCUGUAAUUACGCCUUGCAAUGGACUCCUUCUGUUCCAGCGAAAAAAAGAACACUAAAGCAGCAACAGUAAAACGGGAACCAUCCAGUGGAAAUACUAUCUGAUAACUCCAUUUGCUCGGCACUCCGCUUGUUGCCAGUGAACAUCCGAGCUCAAGUCCUCACUGUCCUCACUGUCGCGCGGAGCUGGAGGCCGACCGCGCGCGAUACUGUAUCGCUUUUUACCUGUACUUUUUGGGACUGUUAUAGCCUGCCUGUUUACCUGCAUACCCAGCAAGUCAUUAACUUUACAACCAUUACUCUUAAACGAGACAAACGAGGGACAAUGGUGAAUCCCGGAGGCAGCAGCCAGCCACCACCCGUGGGCACAGGUUCUCUGUCCUGGAAGCGGUGUGCAGGGUGCGGGGGCAAAAUCGCAGACCGUUUCCUCCUUUACACCAUGGACAGCUACUGGCACAGCCGAUGCCUCAAGUGCUCAUGCUGCCAGGCCCAGCUGGGCGAAAUCGGCACGUCGUGCUACACAAAAAGCGGCAUGAUCCUCUGUAGAAACGACUAUAUCAGAUUAUUUGGGAACAGUGGAGCUUGCAGCGCUUGUGGUCAGUCCAUUCCAGCCAGUGAACUGGUGAUGAGGGCACAGGGCAAUGUGUACCACCUCAAGUGUUUCACUUGUUCCACCUGCCGGAACCGGCUCAAUCCCGGGGAUCGGUUUCACUACAUCAACGGCAGCCUGUUCUGCGAACACGACAGACCCACAGCACUCAUCAACGGCCAUUUGAGUUCGCUGCAGACGAACCCACUACUGCCCGACCAGAAGGUGUGUUAGACGGGGAGCCAUGCAGGAAGCAGGAUGUGUGCCUUCAUUUAAGCCCUUACUCAUUGUCACCCAAGACAGCGUGGAUCAGCAGCACCCCCAGGCCCUUUGCCCCCAAAGGAACCCUCUACCCAUCUUAACCAGUUACCUGACCUUUUAUUUCUGCUAACCCAUACCCAAAAACGCUCAGCCUUCAACCUUGGCUUUUCCCCAAAUAUGGGCGGAUACUUGCACUUAAUGCACCUGUUACGGGACGCUGAGGACUCCAUAACCCUUGGAAUAAAAAAAAUAAAAAAAUAAAAUAAAAAAAGAGACUGAUCAGAAUCCAAGGGGACUCUUGAGGAAGAGAAAAUUAAGUAACACACAAGAGGAUGUUGUGACUGAAGUGAGGGGAAGAGAAAAAAAAGACUAAUGAUGUUAAAGAGAUGCAGGCUUUUCAACUCUGCAUAUUUGGUUUCAAGACAUUUUUAGGGGAAAAACCUGGGACUUUUUGAUUUUUUUUUUUUUUUUGCUUUCUUCCUUUUCUAUCCUCAUUUCCCAACAACAUGGUGUUUCCACUUUAUAUAUUUUAAGUGUUGUCGAAGGGGAAUGUUUUUUUCUUUUUCUUUGAUGGUAUAUAUAGAAAAAGAUGGGGUUUUAAAAAAAAGAAGAAAAAAAAAAAUCUGUGGCUUUUUGUGGAAAACAAAUCAUGAACACUCUCUUGGUGUAUUUGUAAAACUACCAUGUAUGUACAGUAUGCAUGUAAAUGUCGUUGUCGAGGCGUGGCUACAGUACAUCUGGUCCUCACCCCUCCCCUCUCCAAACCUAAAAGGAUGGCAAACGGAAAGAAACUUGCUCAUAGUUAGUAAUGUAGAGAUCAUCAUCAUCAACAUAUAAAUGCUGAAUGAAA